GUCAAAUGCGUGCAGUUGUCAGGUAUCUUGGCUUAAGCAGUGCGCAUGCCGGCUUCCUCUGUCUCAGUGGCUGCCUGUCAUUCAGGAGCUUCUUAAUCCUCCUGGUGUAGUGCACAAACCACAGUGGGAGAGUCUGAACGCAACAACAGACAUGAGCGUUACCAUCGAGGAGAGGGGCAGGCCGAACACCCAGGACUACAGGGUGUUUUUCAAAAACUCUCAAGGCAAAUACAUCUCUCCAUUCCAUGACAUACCCAUCUACGCAAAUGAAGCAGAGUUUGUUUUUUGAAUAAUACAGCGAUACAGUUUGUCUGUUUCUCAGAUUGCAACCAAAGAUCCUCUCAAUCCAUUGAAACAAGACAUGAAGAAGGGAAAUCUUCGUUAUGUAGCGAAUGUGUUUCCUCACAAAGGCUAUAUCUGGAACUAUGGAGCUAUUCCACAGACAUGGGAAGACCCCAACCACAAGGACAGCGACACAGGAUGCUGUGGAGACAAUGAUCCUAUUGAUAUAUGUGAUAUAGGAAAUAAGGUCUGCUCUAGAGGAGAAAUAAUCAAAGUGAAGGUUUUGGGGACUCUGGCUUUGAUCGAUGAGGGUGAGACAGACUGGAAGGUCAUUGUGAUCAAUAUUGAGGACCCUGAAGCCGCUGACUUCAACGAUAUUGAUGAUGUAAGACGACUUAAGCCUGGAUACCUGGAGGCGACUGUUGAUUGGUUCAAAAGAUACAAAGUCCCAGAUGGCAAACCGGAAAACCAGUUUGCUUUCAACGGAGAGUUCAAGGACAGGGACUUUGCCAUUAAAACAGUCAGGAGCACCAAUGAGUUUUGGAAGGCUCUGAUUUCUAAGAGGACCGACGCUGGCGAAUUAAAUUGCAUGAACACUAGUGUCUCAGAUAGUCCAUUCUGCUGCUCUGCUGGGGACGCAGAGGCUGUGGUUAAGUCUGCAUGUGCUCUGGGAGCCGAAGAUCCCAUUCCAAGUUCAGUCGACAAAUGGUUCUACUAUGAGAAGUAAGAGGAAAGAUCUGAGCAGAAACAUUACUUCCUUCUUUCAUUUCUUUCUUCAUCAUCAUUUGAUUUCACCACAUCAAAGCAGUGCACAAACUGGAUGAAUUGGAUUUAUGUUUUAAUGUAUGUCACCUUUACUUGCUUUUUCUUUGUUCAGACUUGACUGUCUAGUGUUGUCAAAACUGCUUACUGUAUGAUUGUGACACAAUUACAUUUUAAAUAUUGGAUAGUAGCCUAUAAUUUCAAGCUUGGUAGAACAUAGCAAUAAACUACACUUAAUCCCA